AUGGUCAUGUUUCAAGCACAUCAUAUUUCUAUGCAACUUCCUGAUGGUAGAUGGUUAUUUAAGGAUGUAUCUUUUGAUUUAGAAGAAGGAGAGACUUUAAUUAUACAACUUAUUCCUUAUCAAUCAGGCUAUUCUACUUUAUUCGAUAAAGAUGCUAGUGAUUAUACAAUCCCAGUUUGGAGGUCUCGUGUCAUGUAUGUUCCUCAAAGACCCUCAGCUCAUUCUGGUACCCCAAUGGAUUUUUUUAACAUGGUGAAAAAAUAUAAAAGUCAAAAACAUAAAAAGACGGAUGAUCCUGUUAGAAUUGGAAGUGAAUGGAAUUUAUCUCAAAGUCAUUUUGAGGAAAAAUGGAGUAAUCUUUCUGGUGGUGAAAUUCAAAGAGUAGCUUUGGCUAUUGCACUAGCUUUGAAUCCGGAUGUUUUAUUACUUGACGGUAAAACAAUCAUCAAUAUAAUUAUUUUAUAUUAUUCAGUCUAUUUACGUAUUAUAUAG